UCACUUCCUGUUUCAACAUGGCUUCUUGAUGUUUAGCUCAAAUUAAACAUUUGAUGUGAUACAUUAUGUAAUUUACGUAGUAAGUUACGUAACGCAUAUAUGUCGGCUUUCAGUAUAUGAAAAAAAGAUGAGAGAAGUGAUUUAAUUAACGCCAAAGAUGGAGAUACUUACUGAAGGAACUUCUCACUCUCAGCGGGUGCUGUCCUUGCUCAACCAACAGAGGGGUCUUGGCCACUUCUGUGAUGCUAUGUUGAGCACAGCGAGUGGACAGGUGCAUCUGGCCCAUCGCAAUGUUCUUGCCUGCUUCAGUCACUUGUUCCAAGACCCCAGUUCGAACACUCCAUGCAUAAAGAUUGACCUUCCAUUAGAGUGCCCCGAUGAUGGACUAGAGCUACUACUUAACUUUUUUUACACUGGAGAACUCCAGUUAGACGACAGCAAUUUAGAGAAGAUUCAGAAUGCAGCUAGCGGUCUAUCAGUGCCAGAUUCUCUCAUAUCUUUCCAGGGCUUGCCAGGUGCAGAGAAUUUACAGUCGCCUGUCUUGAAUGAAGAUGAGAAGGACAAACCACUGUUCCCUCUCACACCUGCAGACGCUCGGCCUGAUCACACCCCGAAAGGAAAAACUAGAUCUUCGCAGAGGACCAAAAACAAGCCUGAUGCAUGCAGGGUAGGUUCAGAGGUCACAGCUAGCGAUGACGACCCUGCUGCCUCGACGUCUACCACCACCACACGCUCUGGAAGGCGUGUAAAAGGGCCCAGUCGACUACUUGGGCAAAGUCCAAUGUCUGCUGUGAUGAGGCAGGCAGCAGGACGAAGAAAACCAUCAUCUCUAGAAGACAAAGAGCAGGAAUCUUCUGUCGCUGAGGAUAGAGAUCACCACAAAAAUCAAGAUUUGAGUGAGACUGAGGUGGAUGGAUCUGUUGAUAACCAAAAAGACAAUGAUUUAGAAAAUGAUGAAGAUGAUGGUGGUGGUGAUGAUGAUGAUGAUGAUGAUGAUGACAGUGACAGAGGUGACAGUAUGGAUAUUCUUAUUGAGGGAACUGAUGAGGAGUAUGUGCCUCGUGAUUCACCUUGCUCGACCUCAAAGACUCAGCGGGGAAAGCGCAAACGACAUGAAAAAAGUACCAAUAAAGAAAAUGGGGAAGGAACAUCUAAAGACAAAAAGAAAGGCUCUGUCCAAUGUCCAACGUGUCAUAAAACAUUCCUCAGCAAGUACUACCUAAAAGUACACAACAGGAGACAUACAGGAGAGAAGCCCUUUGAAUGUGCUAAAUGUGGGAAGUGCUACUAUAGAAAGGAAAACCUGUUGGAGCAUGAAGCCAGAAAUUGUCUUAUCAGAGCAGAAGUGGUGUUUUCCUGUUCAAAAUGUAACAUGACCUUUAAAAAGCGACAUGAGCUGCGGGUUCACAUGGUCACACACACAGGAGAGAUGCCCAAUAAGUGCACGUCAUGCUCUGAGCAGUUCAUGCAGAAGAAAGACCUCAGGAUCCACAUGAUUAAAGUUCACGGAGCUCCCAAGCCACACGCUUGUCCGUUGUGUCCCAAGUGUUUCCUGUCCCGCACUGAGCUACGUCUGCACGAGGCAGCCAAACAUCGUGGUGAGAAACUGUUUGUGUGUGAAGAGUGCGGUCAUCGGGCCUCCAGCCGCAACGGCCUGCAAAUGCACAUCAAAGCCAUUCACAGAAAUGAGCGUCCUUUUGUGUGUGAGUUCUGCAAUCAUGCUUUUACUCAGAAAGCUAAUCUCAACAUGCACCUUCGAACACAUACUGGAGAGAAACCUUUCCAGUGUCACCUCUGCGGCAAGACAUUUCGCACACAAGCGAGUCUGGACAAACACCACCGCACGCACACAGGAGAACGGCCAUAUAGUUGUGAGUUUUGUGAGCAGCGCUUUACUGAGAAAGGCCCUCUCUUACGCCACAUAGCCAGCAAACACCAAGAAGGUCGUCCACACUUUUGCCACAUCUGCAACAAAACAUUUAAAGCCAUUGAACAGCUUCGUGUUCAUGUACGACGUCACAAAGGAAUGAGAAAAUUUGAGUGCACUGAAUGUGGUUACAAGUUCACCAGACAGGCACAUUUGCGGCGACACUCGCAGAUCCACAACCGUGUGGAGAACUACAACCCCAGACAGAGACGCUUACGUAACCUUGUAGUGGAGGAUGAGAGUGCAGUUGACUCAACUAGUCCUCCCAGCCAGGCCGAGGCUCAGGCCGGACCAGCAGACAUGGUUAGCCUGGUUAUCCAGCCAGAGGCGGUUGUGGUGGAACAGGUAAUCUCAGCCUCCGCUGGAGGAACAGGAGGAGAGCAGGCCACAUAUUCAAUGACUGAUGGAGCAGUGAGUGGAGAACAGACUGGGAUUGCUCUGGCUGGAAGGACUGAUGGUGGAGUGGAGCAGACUCCGUUCACUGUAGCAGAUGUGAUGGAGCAGACCCUGCUGGUGACCAAUGCGUACUCUAUCCAUCAGUCCAGUGUGGUGGUGGAACUGGACAGCUCUGCAGCUGACGAGAAGGACUAAAUGAGUCCAGAGCAAAAAAGUAUUUGGUUUAAAGGGUUAGUUCGCCCAAUAAUGACAACUCUGUCAUUAAUUAUUCACUCUCAUGUCUAUCCAAACCCAAAAAACCUUCAUUCAUCUUCUUAAAACAAAUUAAGAUAUUUUUAAGAAGAUCUGAGCUCUCCUACCAUGAUUCCUACCAUGAUCAAGGCACAGAAAGGUAGUAAGGACAUUGUUAAAAUAGUCAGUGGUCCACCUUAUUUUUACAAGAAUAAUACUUUCAGUUUGUAAGGAAAAAAAAAGACUUAAUUCAGUGAUUACUUCUCUUCUAUAACACUUGUUUGACAUUAUCAACAUGUGCGAUUCACCUUGAGAGGAAAGCAAUGUGCAUGCGUCAAUAACGGUGGAGCACAGAAUGAGAAGAGAUUAAAAAAAAGGACAAAGGUCUUGCGGGUUUGGAUCGACAUGAGGUUGAGUAAUUAUUGACAGUGUUGUCGGUUUAAGGUGAACUUUCUCUUUCGACAUUGUAAACAAAUUGCUUUCUUGUGUUAAUUUAUUAUUAAAUACAGUGGACCUGGUUGUAUCAAGCACGAUGAUACAAGAUCAUCUUGAGGUUUCCAUAUAAGUCAUUUGAACUUAGCUUCUGCAAAAAUGUUUAGCGGUUUUUCAGUAAGACUGUGUCUACAAUCAUUAAUUAAUUGAAAAUGUGCUUUCACUGUCUGGAUGAACAGACAAAAACUGAAAAGGUUUUUAUUCUGUGAAGAAAAACUAAUGAAUGCAUUAUGCCUUUCUUAUUUGUACUUGCACUUGAAGUUCCAAGAUGUUUGCCAAAAUGUACAAUAACAUGUGACCAAAGUUCUUUUAAGAGAAUGUCUCUAGAUUUAUUCAGCAUCUGGAAGGCAUGAUAUAAAUUAAAGUCUGUUGUAAAACAAGAAAACAGUCAUUAGCUUCAUGUAUACUCUUGUUUUAAUGGAAUAAACCGUUCUAAUAUUGUCAUGAUUCGAACUUGAUGGAAAAUUAGAUAUCUAACGUGAAUCUGUAAAUUUGGCUGCGAGACCAUUUGAAUCUUAUAAAUUGUAUUUCAUACAGUUUGUCUCGUGAUUGUGAACUUUAUAAGCACAAGAAAAGUGCAAAAAGUAACAGUGCUGGCAGUCAUUUAUUGGUUGACCACGCAAACAAACAUUACACAAAUCAUUGCCUUGUCUGUAAUGUACAAAUGGUUUUGGCCACAAACUAAACAUUCUGUAAGAAAAAAAUAAAAUAAACAUCAAGUACCGUUUAAGCGUGUUGUAAAUAAUUAGUUUCAUAAGUACUGGUAUCGUCAAACACAUACGUUUAUUCAAUAACGAGAUACUGAAUUACUACUUCCAGUUAUUAGUACAGCAUCCGAAUACAAUAUUUGACAUCCAUUCCUCGUGUUUUCUUCAUGAUCGCAGGCGGUUUAAUAAACAAGCUGUUUCUCGUAAACUAACACCUUCCUCUAAAAUAAACUAUGACUACAUAAUAAAUUUAAUAUUAAAAUAUGAGUUGAAAAGCAAGUCGGAUACAAAUUCACAAAAAAUGUGAUCACUGCAUGCACGCUAGAUUGUCUGAAAUAUAAAAUUCUAGUAAAAUGAAUAUUAAACAAUGGGUUGCAAUGGGUGCUGGGACACAGUUGUUUAUCUGUUGUCUUGUUUUUGGAAAAUCUCGAAUUCUCCUAAAUAAUUAAUUUUAGACUUUUAACUGUAUAUAAAAUAACAUUUGUUAUCCACAUUGCAGAAUACGUUAUAAACAUGCAUAUACACACCAAAUUUUCACCUUUUGGAAUGAUUGGGUCUCAAAAUUAUAUUUUUUAAGAAACAAUUUUACUUCACAUUAAGGUUAUGGCCUUAUAUUAUAUUAAAUUUUUUGUCUAUGUUGACUUGAAUGUUGCAAAUCACUUUAGGAGAUCCAUGCUGAAUUAAACAAUUAA